UGGUACAGCCCUGCCCGCAGCGCCCGCUGCUCCGGGGACGUUGCUGGAAGGUGAAGGCAGCGGCUGCGGGAGCUGCGGGAGCUGCGGGAGCUGCGGCGGCCGCAUCCAGCCCCGACGCUUCCCGGGAGAAGGGCUGGAAGGGACCCCGCGCCCAGCUCCGUGCCCAUCCCAGCAGCCAUGACCCAGGGGAAGCUCUCCGUGAACAGCAAGCCCCCCAGCUCUGAGGGGCAGGGGGACAAGAAGGACAAUGCCACAGCUCCCCCGGCUCCUCCGUCCUACGAGGAGGCGACAGCGGGAGAAGGGAUGAAAUCCGGGGCUUUCCCCGCGCCGCCGGCGGCCCCGCUCCACCCCAGCUGGGCUUACGUCGAUCCCAGCACCAGCCCCAGCUACGGCAGCGGGGGGUACCCGGGGGACACGGAGCUGCUCACGACCUUCAGCUGGGACGACCGCAACGUGCGCAGGGUGUUCAUCAGGAAGGUGUACGCCAUCCUGAUGGUCCAGCUCCUGGUCACCGUUGUCAUCGUGGCUUUCUUCACCUUCUGUGAACCGGUCAAGGGUUACAUCCAGACCCACUCUGCCUGGUACUGGGCUUCCUACGCUGUUUUCUUCGUCACCUACCUGAUCCUGGCCUGCUGCUCGGGGCCCAGGAGAUACUUCCCAUGGAACCUGAUCCUGCUCAGCAUCUUUACCCUGUCCAUGGCCUAUCUCACUGCGAUGCUCUCCAGUUACUACAACACCAAGUCGGUGCUGCUGUGCCUGGGGAUCACGGCCCUGGUCUGUCUGUCUGUCACCAUCUUCAGCUUCCAGAGCAAGUUCGACUUCACGUCCUACCAGGGCGUUCUCUUCGUGCUGCUCAUGGUGCUCUUCCUGGGGGGACUGGUCCUGGCCGUCAUCCUGCCCUACCAAUACGUCCCCUGGCUCCACGCGAUCUACGCUCUGCUCGGGGCUGGGAUCUUCACCAUGUUCCUGGCCCUGGACACGCAGAUGCUGAUGGGGAACCGCCGCUACUCUCUGAGCCCCGAGGAAUACAUCUUUGGAGCCCUCAAUAUCUACCUGGACAUCAUCUACAUCUUCUCCUUCUUCCUGCAGUUUUUUGGCUCCAGCCAGGAGUGAGGCUAGCGGGGCAGGAUCCUCCCCGUGCUGGCAAACGUGAGGGGUUAAAUUGAAAAGCAGAGGCGAAAGGGUUCAAAGCCGCCCACCUGACCCAAUUUCCCCCAUUUCUGGUCCAUCCAACGCCCUGCGGAGCCCCGGGCCCCUCCCGCAGCUUUGCGCAUUUGCUGUCAGGCCUUUGUGACCCAGAGAGCAAAGCAGGGCUUCAGUGUCGUGUCCCUUCUGCUCCCCCCACUCCCGCCCAGUCCAAACCAGUCCAGAGACUGGGGGCAGGAGACCGGCACCAACCCCAGGGGCUGCCGGAGGUGUCCUCUGAGUCCUGCCCGUCACGGGGUGAAAGUGCUGCGACAAAACAACGGUGAGGGCGGCAGAGCAGGGAAUUUGGUCAGAUCCUGGCAGGAAAAGCAGCUGAGCCCAGGGAAAAGCCUUGGGGAAUCCUUGCAUUGCCCUGUUUCCCUCAUUCCUUUGGAGCUUGGUGGCCACUGCGCUGUUCCCGGUGGCUCCUGCUGUUGGAAACGUGGAGUGUGGGAUGACAGCUGGAUUUCAGUGCUCCAGGCACAGGGAACCUGUUUGCUCAGGACGUGCAGCUCUCUGAGGUCAUCCCUGGUGCCACUGCAGGAAGAAUUCCCCUGGAUCCCUUGCAUCUGGCUGUGGGGCUGAGUACAUUCCCUUCCCUUCCCUUCCCUUCCCUUCCCUUCCCUUCCCUUCCCUUCCCUUCCCUUCCCUUCCCUUCCCUUCCCUUCCCUUCCCUUCCCUUCCCUUCCCUUCCCUUCCCUUCCCUUCCCUUCCCUUCCCUUCCCUUCCCUUCCCUUCCCUUCCCUUCCCUUCCCUUCCCUUCCCUUCCCUUCCCUUCCCUUCCCUUCCCUUCCCUUCCCUUCCCUUCCCUUCCCUUCCCUUCCCUUCCCUUCCCUUCCCUUCCCUUCCCUUCCCUUCCCUUCCCUUCCCUUCCCUUCCCUUGGAAUGCGCUGAUUCCCUUUGGAGUGGAGCUCCUCACUGGAGGGGUUGGGAUCCCAGGGAAGGAACAGGAAAUGGAAGAGAAGAGAUGGAGUUUCCACGCUGGGAAAUGCCACUCCACGUGGGGAAUGGGCUGGGAUCCUGUCACCCACCCUGAGGAUCUGACACCCUCACAGAAUUGUCUUGGUUGCCCCAAAUCAGCGCUCCCAAGGCGUUAUUCCCAGCGGCCGAGGCCCUUGGAACGCCGAUGUUCCCUCUCCCUGCCUGUUUUCCACUUCUCCUCUCCCAGACGGGGAUGUCAGCGCGGGCUCUGGAUGUGCUUAGGUAACUUUCCACCGUGGCCACGCUCACAUUCCCCGUUUGGGGCUCAGCUGGCUGAUCUUGGGCUGUAAAGCUCCGCAGGGAGAUAAGGGGCCUUUUGCUCUCAUUCCAAGAGUGAUCCUUCCUGCAGAUAGGACCUGGUAUCUCCCAUCUCGCUGGGAAUGCCGGCGAGUGCGUCACGGAGCUGCCUCCAGCAAUAAUCCCCGCUGGAGAGGGGCUCUGCCAGAACGCUGGGACGGCGCAUUCCUGCUCCUUCUGCCCUGGGUUUUACCCCGCACACGUCCUGUCCUCCCUCCACACGUGUCCAGGGAAAGUUACUGCGCAGGGAAAAAAAAAUGCUCCGGCCCCUCUGCGAUGAGCACAAGAGAUGCUUUGCCCUUUUUCCUUCUCAAAACAACCCCCCAAAAAACCCCAGACAGAUAAAAAAACGGAGUCAGGCACGAAAAAAACCCCAACCAGAUCAAAAAACCCCAAUCAGAUGAAAAAAACCCCAAUCAGAUCAAAAAAACCCCAAUCAGAGAAAAAACCCUCAAAUCAGGCACAAAACCCCCCAGCCAGACCAAAAAAACCCCCAAAUCAGGCCAACCCCCCCCAAUCAGAUCAAAAAAACCUCAACCAGAUCAAAACCCCCCAACCAGAUUAAAAAAAAAACCAAAUCAGACCAAAACUCCCCAAUCAGAUCAAAAAAACUCAACCAGAUCAACCCCCCCCCCCCGCCCAAUCAGAUCAAAAAACUCCAACCAGGCAAAAAAAACCACAAUCAGGUCAAAAAAGCCCAACCACACCAAAAAACCCAAAAUCAGGCAUGAAAAAAACCCAACCAGAUCAAAACGCCCCCCCAAAUCAGACCAAAAAACCCCCAACAAGGCCAAAAAAAACCCCAAUCAGAUGAAAAAAGCCCCAACCAGACCAAAACCCCCAAAAAACAAACAAAAAAACCCCAAAGAACAACCAGGCGCAAAAACCACAACCAGACCAAAAACCCCAAAAAACCAAAAACCAACCAGGCAGAAAAAAACCCCCAAUCAGAUCAAAAAACCUUCAAUCAGAAAAAAAAAAAACAACCACA